GGUCCAUCGGUCAGUCGGUCGGUGGGUCCGUCCGGCCGAGCCUCGCGCGCCCCCCGACCAUGUCUGCAGCGGGGGAGACGCCCCCCGAGGGGGGACCCCGUGCCCACCCCGAGGCCCCCGAGCAGGCCGGCCCUCCUUCUCCUUCUUCUGCUUCUGCCUCCGUGCGCUGCCUGGUGCUGUCGGGCUACGGCGGCUACGACAAACUGAAGGUCCAGAGGCGUCCGUCGGCUCCCGGCCCGGGCCCCGGCCAGCUGACCGUCCGGAUCCGGGCCUGCGGCCUCAACUUCGCCGAUCUCAUGGCCCGCCAGGGCCUCUACGACCGCCUGCCCCCGCUGCCGCUCACCCCGGGCAUGGAGGCGGCCGGCGUCGUCAAGGCCGUGGGCGACGGGGUCAGCCGGCGCAAGGUAGGUGACCGGGUCCUGGUUCUGGCCCGCUCUGGCCUGUGGCAGGAGGAGGUGACCGUCCCGGCCAACCUAACCUUCCUGAUGCCCGAGAACAUGACUUUUGAGGAGGCGGCGGCCCUGCUGGUCAACUACAUCACCGCCUACAUGGUGCUGUUCGACUUUGGUAACCUGCGCCCGGGCCACAGCGUCCUAGUGCACAUGGCCGCAGGAGGGGUGGGCAUCGCGGCCAUCCAGCUGUGCCGGACGGUGGAGAGAGUGACGGUGUUUGGGACGGCGUCAGCCAGCAAACACGCAACGCUGCGGGACCACGGGGUGACCCAUCCCAUCGACUACCACACGGUCGAUUACGUGGAGGCCGUCAAGAAGAUCUCCCCGCAAGGAGUGGACAUCGUGCUGGACCCCCUGGGCGGAGCUGACACCGGCAAAGGGUUCCACCUUCUGAAGCCAAUGGGCAAAAUCAUCACCUAUGGAGCGGCAAACGCACUGUCCGGCCCCCGGAGGAGCCUGCUGACCCUGGCUCGGGUGUGGUGGGGCCAGUUCAGCAUCUCCGCUCUGCAGCUGCUGCAGAGUAACCGCGCCGUGUGUGGCUUUCACCUGGGCUACCUGGACGGAGAGGUGGAGCUGAUCAGCGGUGUGGUGACCCGCCUGCUGGACCUCUACCAGCAGGGCAGCAUCAAGCCUCUCGUCGACUCCGUCUGGCCCUUCGAGAAGGUGACUGAGGCCAUGCAGCAGAUGCAGGAGAAGAAGAACGUGGGCAAAGUCGUGCUGGUGCCCGGCGAGGCAGCCGAGACUUAGAGGCCGGCGGUGGGCGGGGGGGUCAGCUGUGUGGCCGGAGUAGAGAGCGAGAGCCCCGCUCAGUCUGGCUAGUGGGGCUUCCCCUGCCCGCCCCGCUGGGCUUCCCAGCCAGCCCUGGGGUGUCAGCACCCGUCAGUGACCGAUAAGGAAGUCCAGCUCUGAGGUUUUUCGCUUUGCUCGUGCCAGGGUGGUGUGGGGAGCGUUGUGGGGCUCGAGUGCCAUUUCCCCGCCCCGCCCCCCAAGGACUGACCUUCUGGAGGCAGGCGGGCGAGGGUGGUGAGGCUGGGUCUCCUUGGGGGCCCUGACUGCAGGUUGGUUUAUCCUCCCCCCCACGUCCUCCCUCUUUGCCAGCCCCAACAGAGGAGUCCCUGUUUACAGAGGUCCGGAGGGAGGGCUGCUGGGGCAGGAAGGAACACUCCAGGCCCUACCAGGGCCCCCACACCCGUCUCCCCUCCACACUGGUCCACCCCGGCCCCCGCACCGUGUUGCCUUGUGUCUGUGUCAAUAAAGCAUCCGACUGCCCGCCCU